AUAUAUAAGCGUGUCACCGAAUAAUGAGACAGGAAUGAUGACGAUGACAUAGGCGUGAUAUAGCGAAUGACUCACACUGGGCUGCAGUGGCCGACAGUUGAAUUAGACCACCAUCAUUGAUCACUGUUCUUUUGUCUUGCACCUUUACAGGAUGUCGACAUCUUCCACCUCGGAUAUUUUUGCUCGCACAAGCGAGCAUGCUCUCAGCUAUAGUCCCUCUGAUAUCUCAAGGUCCCUUUUCGAAACAAACUCGAGAACCGACGCAUCGGGGUUCUCCGAGUCUUUGCACCGUGCUGGCGGCCCGUAUCUCUACUCAACCCAAUAACCCCGACACCCACUUUUCAACGAUGAAGGCGGCAGCUGCGUCGAAGGCAGGCACGAUACACACAAGCACUUAUGUAAAGAAUUCAGCUCGGAACCAUCCAUGCUGGGUGCACAGUGUUUUGGUCAUGACAUAUGGGGAGAGAAUAAUGCAUUCUUGUACAGGUGGGACAAGCCCGUUUACGUGUUCAUUCUUCCUAAACGGUCAAAUUGAAAAAAUUACUUUUGUGAUUACCGAGAUGUCCGAGAUCGCCAAGCCGACAUAUUUCCACCACAAGAUCCAUACGUUUUUUUUAUCAACCAGAGCUGCGAGGGCCGUGAGGGCUGCCACGGCCACGAGGGCUGCCACCACCGCGAGGACUACCUCGCUCGCAUGGUGCACUGUACUAUGCACUGAAGCAGAAUACAUAACUAAAAAAAAUGAGAGCGGUAGGUGUGUGAAUACCAGUAGAAAGAAGAUUCUCGAAGUGGUGAUCUUGAAGCUAUUCCUAGCGCACCAUAAGACCUGAGGUUCAUCAAAUGGAGUCGAUGUACUACCUAGGUUCUCGCACCUGCCCCCACCA